UCUCUCUAUAAAGGAAUUGAAAUAUGUUUGAUAUCCGUUUUUUUGGAAAUAAAGUUGCCGUGUAUAGAUGACCUCUGUGUGGCCAAGCUGAUACUAAGAUUUAGUGUGUAACAGUAGCUGAUAUGAGCUGAAGAUAAGCUACCUUGCCACUUGUACAGAUAGUUAUGGCACUUUGUUUUGUUCCUUGACCUAAAUUGCCAUACCUAAUGUGAUAUGUGUCAGACCCCUAGUGUUGUCUAUGAUGUGCAGGCUACUGUAUGAGUCCAUGUUUCCGUUGAUGGAACACAUCUGUGACACAUUCAGGAGCACCUAACCAGAACAGCUUUGUGACGAGGCGAUGGAGAGUGUUUACGAUGUAGUAAUUAUAGGAGGUGGGGUGGUAGGCUGUUCCCAGUUGUUCACACUAACGAGGCUCGGCUACAGGUGUCUACUUCUGGAGAAGGAAGCCCACCUAGUGUCCAUGGCAAGCUCCGGAAACAGUGGGAUGUUACAUACAGGCUUUGAUGCUCCAUUGGGAAGUAUAGAGCAUGCCAGUAUACUAAGAUGUCAACAGCAGAUCCUACCUGUCCUCAACUCCCUUGGGCUUCCAUACUCUAAGAUUGGUGCAACUAUGGUAGCCUGGAACAAUCAACAGAAAGAGAAACUCCCUGAAGUGCUUCAGAAAGCAAAGGAUGCUACGAUAGAAGACAUUGUGGAGUUAUCUAUGUCACAGCUCUACCAGAUGGAGCCACAUUUAGCCCUCGGAGCAACAGGUGCUCUCUGGAUACCAACAGAGGCAGUUAUUGAUCCAUGGCUUACACCUAUUGCUUUUGCGCAUCAUGCAAAAUCAUUAGGUGCUAAGGUGUUGACAAGUACAAUGGCCCAGAGCUGCGAACUGGAUGGCCAGGGGAUCUGGAAAAUCUCUACAACCAGAGGUGUGUUCCAGGGUCGCGUGGUCAUCAACAGUGCUGGUCUGUAUGGAGAUGUGGUCGACAAACUGGCAGGAGUCCAGAAGUUCAGGAUCAAGCCGAGAAUGGGACAGUACCUUAUCUACGGCUCAGAAACCCAGUCGCUCAUCAACAGCAGCAUUCUCCCCAUCCCCACCGAGAAGACCAAGGGAGUCAUUGUAUUCAAGUCAGUGUAUGACAAUGUGAUAAUCGGCCCGACACAAGAGGAGACUGAGCAGCGUACCAUACCAGUUAGGCUCUCACAGGGGGUGGUGAACAGUUUACUGAAUCACGGAAAAGUCACGGUCCCUUCUCUCCAGUCACACCCUGUAGUGCACACGUACUCUGGUACACGCCCUGCUACAGAAACCAAGGACUACCAUGUGGUCCCCCACACUGACAGGAAAUGGUUGACCCUGGGAGGUAUACGCUCCACAGGCUUGUCCUCCUGUCUGGGUGUGGCCGACAUGGUGGUUGGGAUCAUGAAGAACAAGUUCUGUCUGGAGCCUUCUAACAGUCCUAGCAUGCACAUCCCAAAAAUAGACAUCAGCUUCACGAACCAUCGUACGGCAAUGCUUGGAUCGGAGGAGUACACGGUCACACACCCACUUACCUACACUGCCAAGUUUGACAGGAAAGUCUGGGCCGGUUUGUGAAAGGGAUAAUUUCAUCAUCACUAAGAUUAAAUGCAUUGGUUUUUAUAUUUAUAUUCAUAUAGAAUUGUCGGUAUAACCCAAUCACAAAGCAAUGACAAACACAGCACCAUAAAUGUCAUUGUCCGACUUGUCAUCAGUAUGAGGUCACAAUGGCAGCACUGAAUACCACUGGAUCAGGAUCAGAUGUGGCUGACAAGACUUACAAUUCACUAUUCCAACAAAUAUUAUUGCAAGUCAAAAUGUAAAUACAAGUAAUAAUGGUAUUGAUCUUCUUCCUGGUGGCAAUUUAGGGCCAACAAACAAAAAGAUAGCUAAUAAAGCAGCUAACUUCAUUGUAACAAGAGGCCCAGAGGGCCUGUAUCGCUCAGCUGGAUAUCUAAGCAAUCAUGGCAAAAUAUU